AUGAAUGGGAACACUGAUAAAAGAUUGGUCAAGUGGGAAAAACCAACUAAGUUGGCAGUGAAAGCAAAUUGGGAUGCUACUGUAGAUGCUCAUCACAUGAAAAGGGUGGGUGUUGGAGUAGUUAUUAGAGACUCAAAAGGUGAGAUGUUAGCAUGCCUUUGUUCAAAAUUUGAUCAUAACAAGAACCCGAUUGUUGCUGAAGCUCUGGCGUUAAGGAGAGAUGCAAUUUUAUGUGCAGAACUGGGUCUCUCAGAUGUGAUGCUAGAGGGGGAUUCCCAGUUGACAUUUAAUGCUACAAGUAGUGGGGAGGAGAUAUGGGCUGAGUAUGAGAACAUUAUUGAAGAUAUAAAGAAAGUGAUGCCUGAAAGGUCAAAUUGGUGCAUAAAAUUUGUGUAUAGAGAAGCAACCAAUAUAGCACACAAGCUAGCUAAGCUAGCACUUACUUUUUAUGAUGAAAAGGAGUGGAUAGAGGAAGGUCCAGUAGAGAUUACUAAUGAUAUGCUAAAGGAAAAAUAUUGUAAUGACUGA